CAAGCAGCAGGCAUUGCCAGUGGAGCGCCUAUUACAGAAAAGGAGAGCUUCAAGAUGGCGCAGGCAAUAUUUGAGGUGCUCGAAGGCAUGGACAACCAGACUGUGCUGGCAGUUCAGUCACUGCUGGAUGGUCAAGGCGGAGUUCCUGACCCAAACAACCAAAAUGUCUCUGCGACGCCGGCCAUCCAGCCCAUGGACGACGAAGACGUGUUCCUGUGUGGCAAGUGUAAAAAACAGUUCAACUCUCUGCCUGCCUUCAUGACGCACAAGAGGGAGCAGUGCCAGUCUGGCACCCCCUCCCUGUCCACCGUGUCCCUGGCCUCCACCAACGCCUAUGCGCCGGUCCCGUCAGUCGGCUCUGUACCCCAAACUGCCAUCAACAGACAGGUAUCCACCUAUAUAACAGUCCCUCCGUCUCCUCUGACUCACACUCUGGUGCAAGGCAACGUGCUGGUCAGCGAUGACGUCCUCAUGUCGGCCAUCUCCGCCUUCACCUCCAUCGACCAGCCCAUGGCCGCCAUGCAGACGCCCAUACAGAGCAACCUGAGCAUGCACACAGCAGGGGUAUCAUAUCUUCAGCAUCAUCACCACCACCACCAUCAUCAUCAGCAGCAGCAGCAUCAGCAGCAGGCUUCCAACCCUCUGCCCUCCAGCCAGGCACUGCCCCCAGCCCUGCCAGCUGGGCAACCCACCCAGCAGCCCCUCUCCUCUCAGGUGCCAGUGAGCCACAGCAACUCGGUGGUGCAGGUGUACAGCACGAUGCCCCACAUGGCAGGCCCUGCUGCUGCUGCAGCGGCUGCUGGUGCUGGCUGUGCAGCAGAGAUCCAUACGUUAGGCCUGCCAGCUUUCCACCCUGUUCAGUGCGUGGAGGGCCAGUCGUUCAGCAGUACUCCCGUCUACAGCCCUGGGAAACAGGGCAGCAAAGCAAAGAGCUGCAGCCACAUGGGCAGCAUGGCAGAGCUGAGCGACUUCGAAAAGGUCAUCAUACCCAAACAGCCCCGGAGCAGCAAGAAGACAAUGGAUGGAGCAGCAGCUGAUCACCUGAAGGGAAAAGGUCCAAAGCUGAAGUGUAAUUUCUGCAAUAAGUUCUUCUCCAAAAACUUUGACCUCCAGCAACACAUCAGAAGCCACACAGGAGAGAAACCGUUCCAGUGCAUUGUCUGUGGGCGGGCCUUCGCUCAGAAGUCCAACGUGAAGAAACACAUGCAGACUCACAAGGUGUGGCCGAUGAGCGUGGCGAACACUGUGACCCGGCUGCCCAUCACAGUGAAGGUGGUUCCCGUUUCAUUCAUUGAGGAAGAACGGAUGGCGGAGCGGCAGAAACAAGGCGACAUGGACCGAGACCAGACUCAAGCAGAACCAGAGCCGGCCCAAACGGAGGAACCAGGGGAGGAGGCAGCGAUGGAGGCUGAACCCGGUCUGACCGCCAGCCAACGGGGAGACGCCCAGGACGGUCACGCUCACUUCAUGUCUGACCAGAACCAGCAGGGCGGCGCUCAAACCAAGCAGAUCGUUGUGAUAGACAGCUCCUACCAGUGCCAGUUUUGCACCUGCAAGUUCAAGACCUACUUCCAGCUCAAGUCUCACCUGACCCAGCACAAAGGCGAGCAGGUGUACAAGUGUGUGUUGAAGAGCUGCUCCCAGACCUUCCAGAAGCUGGACCACUUCCUGGAACACAUCCGGACGCACCAGGAGCAGCUGACGUACCGCUGCCACCUCUGUAGCAAGGUCUUCCCCUCCCUGUUUGAGCUGGGAGUCCACCAGUACUCCCACUGCUUCUGCCCACAGCAGAACACGCGCAAGGAGACGAGCGUGUUCAGGUGUGUGAAAUGUCAGAGCAGGUAUUCAACCCAGGAAGCUCUGGAGCAACACCUGCUGACCGCCUCUCACAGCUUCCCUUGCCCUCACUGUCAGAAGGUCUUCCCAUGUGAGAGAUACUUGCGGCGCCACCUGCCCACUCAUGGCGUUGGAGGAAGAUUUAAGUGUCAGAUCUGCAAAAAGGCCUUCAAGACUGAGCACUACCUCAAGCUGCACACUCGCAUUCACUCAGGUGAGAAACCGUACAAGUGUUCGCUCUGUGAGGCGACGUUCAACAGAAAGGACAAAGUGAAGAGACACAUGCUGAUCCACGAACCUUUUAAGAAAUACAAGUGUCCUUUCAGGACACAUGUGGGCUGCACCAAAGAAUUCAACAGACCAGACAAACUGAAAGCCCACAUCCUGUCACAUUCUGGUAUCAAACCCUACAAGUGUCUGUUCUGUCAGAAGGCGUUCAGCCGCAGGGCUCACAUGCUGGAGCAUCAGCAGUCCCACACAGACAACUACAGGUUCAGGUGCUCCAUAUGCAACAAGGGAUUCACCAGGCAGAGCUACUACAGAGACCACAAAUGUCCCACAGCAGGAGACAUGACAGGAGCAGAGGUGGGGACAGAGGAGGAUGAGGAGGCCAAUGAGGCUGCAGGAGCAUCGGCGGUUCAGGAGCAGGAAGGAGAGCGCAACGGGAAGAGAAGCAGAUUCACGAGGAUUUCCGAACGCUCACAGACUGAUGGAGAGGAGGCAGAGGAAGAUAACAGCUCCGAUGGAGACCAGGAGACAGCAGAAACUCAACCAGGGGACGAAGAGGGGACGGAUAGAGGCCGCCUUGCUGCCAUGGCUACCACCAAGGGAGGGGCUGAGAAAGGGACAGAGGAACAUGGCGACAUGGAAACCAGUGGCAAGCUGCAGACACAGACCAAUGCCCACAACAGUUCACAGAGGCAGCCAUGUUUGUAGUCCAAACCUGCCUCUUUGUUUAAACCGUUUCCUGUACUGGAAAAUGACAUUUGUUUUAUAUUAAAACGGUUACAUUGAUCAGAUGUUAUUUCUCCCAGUUUUGUACAGAAUAUAAUUAAAAUUAACCCAUGCCAGUA